CAGACAAUCACCCCAGUCAUGUCUGACCCGCUCCUCUUCGAAGACACCUUCACGAUCACCGCGAUCAACUCGCAAAAAUACGACCGCGUCUCUCGCCUGACCUGCACCUCGUCCGACUCCUUCACAACCUUCACGCUCGAUGUCAACACCGAGCUGUACCCCUGCACGGUCGGAGAGUCGCUCUCCAUGGCACUAGCGUCGACACUGUCGCUCGACGGAAAGGAGGAUAGCAAAGCCUCUUGGAGAGAGGUUGGUAUGGGCGAGCAGACGCUGGCGAAUGAUUAUGAUUAUGUUUGCCAUGGGAAGGCUUACCGGUUUGAGGAGGGGAGUUCUCAGGGGAACAUGGCUGUUUUUAUCUCCUUUGGUGGACUCCUGCUUUACCUUGAGGGACCUUACAAGAAGCUUGCCCCUCUCAGAGUUGACUACGUGUACCUGCUUUUGAAGAAAUGAGAGGAUCGCUUCGUUUUAUUUUCUUAUCUCGUGAUUGAUGCAAAUACCGCUAUGCUAUCUACAGUUGAUGCAUUGUUAUCCGAACAAAAGUCGGGUGUAUUUAGUUG